AUGGAUCGAUACGAUUUAGUUGAUGAGUAUAACCGAAAAAUGAAGGAAAUCGUCAACUCUGAAGUUUUAGGAUUAGCAGAAGUAGCUUAUACCGCUGAUGAGUUAAGCGAAAAGAGAAAGAUACAUAUUCGAUGCAGUGUUCAUCCAGUUUUAACGAGGCUAUUAAAGUCUGUUUCGGACUUUUUCAUCUUCUACCAGCCUUUGAGUGGUGCGUCUCUAGCCCGCAGCCUACUGGUGGGAUGCCAAGGCGAAAUGCUGUGGACAGAUCUGUACAGAAUUCGAAUGUUUCCACAAUUUAAAAAUCUGCUGAAGGAGAAGGAUGCUAGCUGUACUGUUGGCCACGCUUCCAAAGCCGAAAUGAAAGUAAACAUUGUGUUGAAUGAAUGUGACGUACUGAGCGGGGCAUUUCAAUGUGCAAUAGUAGGUAAACAUAGAUCCGGCAAAUCUGUGAUCCUUCGAGGCAUUUACGAACUGAAGGAUACAGUAGCUUCAAAACCAGAACCAGGCUUGGAAUGUACAGAAUCGAAAGGUAAAUCAGCAAAAGCCGACGCGUCCGUUUCAUUGACGGGCAAAUCUGCUGGGUAUAGAACAGUCCCAGAAGUUGGCUGGAUGAUGUUAAUUUGGAUUCUUUUGUUUAUCCUAUAAACAAACUGCUUGGUUAUUUUUAAAGUAAUAAAUAUGU